GGUUUCUUGCAUGACGUCUGUUCCUAAAAUAAGACCACAGUUGACAACAAGAGAAGGUCUCCUUGUUCCACGUACAAACUUUAGAUGUUGGCAGGGUUUUGAACUAUUGACACUCAUUUCGACAAUAUGGUUGUAACUGCUCCUCCUUCUCCAGUUUCUUUGGAUCACCUGUACGCGAAGAAAGAUUUAGACCCACAGGAAGAUGUAUUUUUGAGCUCGCCAGAUUUUCUCGACUCAUGGGCCCAGGCUGAUUUUGCUAUUAACACUGAUGGUGGUCUACUCGACAUCGGCCUGUUAUUUGGGGAAGAAUUCCCUGAUCUUGGUGAUUUAUCUCCACCUCACUGUGAAAGCUCUUCAUCAGAUUCAUACAUGACACCCAGUCCUAAUACUGUUGAUGAUGACCUGCUUGAGAUUCUUAGUUCAACAUCAACAUCACCUGGAUUGCCGCAAAACAGUGAAGAUGUUGCAAUUGAUCUCGGAUGGAAUGUUGAGCUCCCUGACUUAGAAGGGAAUAUUGAUGCUUCAGAAUCGGCAACUAAUGAAACCUGCCUGUCAACAACAGUCGAGUCCUCCACAGUAUCAGUCAGUCAGUCCAUAGUUUCUCUCUGUACAUCCUCUGCUUCCAGGGUGUGUAAGUCAAAACUUCUGGUUCUUACAAGUGAAGAAAAGAAGUUAUUAGAGAUUGAAGGAGUUACCUUACCUACUGAUAUGCCUCUCACCAAGGCUGAAGAAAAAGUUCUCAAAAAAGUGAGAAGAAAAAUAAAGAAUAAGCAAUCUGCACAAGAGAGUAGACGAAAAAAGAAGGAUUACAUUGAUGGACUAGAAGAAAGAGUGAAAGCUUGCACUGAGCUUAACCAUAACUUAUCUAUGAAAGUCAACAGUUUGGAGGAACAAAACAAGUCCCUUCUGGAUCAGCUGAAAGAGCUCCAAGCACUGGUAGCAUCUACACAUCCUACUAAAGCUCAGGCAGGGACAUGUUUGAUGGUGCUGUUUUUGGCCUUUGGUUUGGUUCUUUUUCCAAUAAACAAUGCUCCUGGAGAGCAGAAGGAAGCUGUUGCAAAAUAUGCACCAGCCAUUGUGCGUUCUCGUACACUUCUUCAAGUUAAAGAUGAGUACACAGAUGAAGUUCCAGAGGUUGUACAAUUUAAUCUGAACAGUACAGAUUAUUUGAAGGCUGCUACUCCUCCCAUAUCACAGAACGCACCAAAAUCACUUGGAGAAGUUAUGGUGGAGGUCUCAGAUAUUGACAGGAGUCAAGCAGACAAAGUGAAGCCUCAAAAAAGAUAAUUGAUGACUCUUAAUAAACCCAUGCAAUGUAAAUAGUUUUAUAAUUUAAAGAAGUCGUUUUGUAGAAUUAGUUUUUUGAAUACCAGUAGUUUGUGGUCUACUACUGUGUGGUCCACAUCAACUUUUAUUACAUACCUUUGGCACCUAAAGAAAAGAUCUUCCCUGACCUUUUCCCAUUUAUGGAAAAAUUCAGUUGUAAAUAUAUUUGUUCAAGGUAUGAAAGGGUAAUGACACAGACUUAUAAAGAGAAGAAAAGCAUUGGAAAAAGUGACAGCAUUAAGAACAAAGAAAAUAACAUUUCCUUUCCAUGACAGUUUGGAAAUAAUUCAGACCACUUAUUCUCUAUUUCCUAGAGGAAAGUUACACUUUUGGAAUGCAAAGCACUGAUGUUUAUUUUGUAAAAUGUGAUGUAAAUUUAUAAAUAAUUAAGACAUAAAGUUAACAGUGUAUGAUAUCAUUCCACUUAGAGCAGACAAGGAUAUUGUAAUCAAAUGACUGUAUGUUAUCAAUUUUUGU